CUAGCAAUCUCACCACUACACUGCAAGCUAGUAAAAGAAAUGUCCUCCCAAGUUUGUUCAAAACCUGCUUCUACUUCCUCUGAUGAUCAUGAUGCCAAGUCGAUUGAGAAUCGUCCCUUGGCCAGUUUUCCUCCUAGCAUUUGGGGAGAUCGUUUCCACACAUGUCCUGAAAUGAAUAUGGAUGCUACAACUAAACUACAUGAAGAAUUGAAGCAAGAAGUACAGAGAAUGUUGACCACACCUAUGGACAAACCAUCCCAAAAGUUGCUCUUAAUUGAUGCAGUGCAACGCUUAGGUGUGGCUUAUCAUUUUGAGAAGGAGAUAGAAGAUGCUUUAGAGAAUAUAUAUGGUGAUUGCAACGGUGAUGGCAAUGAUCUCUACAUUACAUCUCUUCGAUUUCGAUUGCUAAGAGAGCAUGGCUUUAACAUUCAGUGUGAAUCAUUCAACAAGUUCAAAGAUGAGAAAGGAAACUUCAAGGCAUCCUUAAUUAGUGAUGUGAGAGGCUUACUAGAAUUGUAUGAAGCUGCACACCUGCGAGUACAUGGAGAAAACAUACUUGAAGAAGCUCUUGCUUUCACCACCUCUCAUUUAAGGUUAGUAGAAACAGUGGUAGAGUACCCUCUCUCAGCAGAGGUUGCUAGUGCUCUAAAAUCGCCCAUCCGCAAGAACUUGCCAAGGUUGGAAGCUAGGAGAUACAUUCCAACGUAUCAAGCAUGUGCUUUGCAUGAUGAAACUUUAUUGAAGUUCACAAAAUUGGAUUUCAACUUGUUACAGUAUUUGCACAAGAAGGAGAUAAGCGAGAUCUAUAGGUGGUGGAAAGACUUUGAGUUCUCUGAUAAACUACCUUUUAUACGAGAUAGAGUGGUGGAAGAUUACUUCUGGGUCUUGGGAGUGUACUUUGAGCCCCAGUACUCCCUUGCUAGAAGGAUGAUGACAAAAGUAAUUGCCAUGACAUCAAUUAUAGAUGAUAUAUAUGACGCAUAUGGCACGUUUGAAGAACUUGAGCUCUUUGCAAGUGCAAUUGCGAGGUGGGAUAUCAGCUGCAUAGAUCAGCUUCCAGACUACAUGAAAUUAUGCUAUAAGGCACUCUUAGAUGUUUAUGAAGAAAUGGAAGAAGUGAUGACCAAACAAGGGAAAUUAUACCGUGUUCAACAUUCGAAAGAAGAAAUGAAAAGACUAGUUCAAGCCUACUUUGCGGAGGCGAAGUGGCCCCAUGAAAAUUACACACCAACAAUGGAGGAGUAUAUGCCUAUUGCAUUAAAAUCCUGUGGUUAUUAUAUGCUAUUAAUGACGUCCUUGGUUGGCAUGGGAGAUAUCAUACCAAAAGAGGCAUUUCAUUGGGCAUCAAACGACCCUAAGAUUGUUUGAGCUUCAUCGAUAAUUAAUAGGCUGAUGAAUGAUACUUCCGCCCACAAGUUUGAGCAAGAGAGAAGGCAUGCCCCUUCGGCCGUUGAGUGCUACAUGAAACAAUAUGGGGUCUUAGAAGAAGAGGCAUACGAUGAGUUUAGGAAGCAAGUUGAGGAUGCUUGGAAGGAUAUAAAUGAAGAGUUCUUGAAACCUACAGCAGUGCCAGAGCCAGUUCUCAUCCGUGCUCUCAAUCUUUCACGUGUAAUACAGCUCCUUUACAAGGACGGAUCAGAUACAUAUACGCAUGUGGGGGAAGAACUCAAAAGCCACAUCACUUCAUUGCUGAUUGAUCCACUCCCCAUUUGAGUUAUGUUGGAAAUGAUAGAGUUAUAUAUAUAGAAAUAAAGUAGAACCAAAUUGGGCUUUGCCGAAAUGGGUUCUCACGCAGUGAAGAUUGAGGAGUAUUUGCUUGCUUGCUUGGUUGUUUGUGUAUUACCAUGUUUAGGUUAUGCAUGUAGGGAACUGUAAUUUUAUAAUAAGGCAAAAGGCGAAAUCAUCUUGUACUAAGGCCAGAGGUGAAUGAUUGUCACCUAUGCUACACUCUUAGCAUCAUCAAUGCAUAGACAUUAGCACAGUUAA